CUCCCUUUUGUCGUUCUCUCAAUCCAUCAAGGUCUCCUUUAUAUUGAUUUAAAACGAAUAUAGGGCCGAUAUAUAUCUUUUGUUCCUCCCUGCUAUUAUUCCGUUGCUCUUGGGUUAAUAGUACCGCCCAUAUACCGACGUAAAUUAACCCCUCUCAACACCCGACCAGCUAUCAUGGAGAUGCACCACAUGGGAAUGGACAUGGACCACGGCCAUCACGACCAUGGCGACAUGGAUAUGGGAGAAGGGCAGUGCAACAUGAAUAUGCUAUUUACCUGGUCCACGAAGAACCUCUGCAUUGUUUUCUCACGAUGGCGCGUAACGGGUCCUAUCUCCCUCCUUGGUUCCCUGGUUGUUAUUGUGCUUCUAGCCGCGGGGUACGAGGGGACUAGACAAAUUACUCGACAGUAUGAGGUAGCACAUGCCCGACGACUCAGUGCGUUUUCUGGAGCCACAGUUGGAAGCAAUGAUAUCGCCGACGAAGCCGUCUCGGGCACUGAACCUGAACCUGAAAACCACGCAUAUUUCCGCAACGCGAGCUCACGGCUACUUGUAGGUAGUGAUAAUAGGAGGGCUGUCGAGCGGAGAGGAAAGAUCACCAUGGCUGCACUCUACGCGGUGCAGGUGUUCUAUAGCUUUUUCAUCAUGCUUUUAUUCAUGACUUAUAAUGGUUUCGUUAUGCUUGCAGUUGCUGUUGGCGCGUUUGUUGGAUAUCUGGCGUUUGGAGACAACAUGUCUGCGUCCAAGUCGGUUGCUUGUCAUUAAAACCGAAGAUAUGGGUUCGCUUUUUUUUUUUUUUUGUUCUGCCACGGCGGGUGAAGCAUACAUUGAUUUAGUUGUCGCAUAUAAGAAUCUGAAGAGUUGGU